AUGAAGGUCGCUUUGCUCUGCGCCAUUGUGUUCGGCGCCAUCUCCGCGGCUGCCUCUCUGUCGCAGCACGUCCCAGACGAGCAUUUCGUCCAACAGACAGCCCAGCGUCGCCCUAAUGCCUCUUCUCAAGCAAAGCGAGGUGAUAAGACGAACAAUGGUCACCCUGAAGACGGGGAUACCAAUCAUGGACAUCAAAAAAUCUCUGCUCUCAACGGCAAGGUUCAUCUUUCGAAGCGAGUUGAAGGCGCUUCGAUUCUCGAAGGCGCCGUCGACGCUCUUCGAGGUGCUCGCGGAGACGCUCAAAAGGGAGGUGAUACAGUCAUCAAUCAUUAUCACUCUACCACCGAUGGUGCUACCGCUCACCUUCCCGGCGGACCUCCCACCGCCCACCCGUAUCCUGCUCCUCACUACCAGGCGCCUCCUCCUUACUCUCAGCCUGUUUACGAUCCUGGCAUGGCUGCCAGAUUCGACAAGAUCGACAAGAAGCUCGGAAAGCUCAAGGAUGCUCAUAAAGACAACUCCCAGCAGAUCCGAAUCAUGGAGGAGCUUCAGGCCAAGCAGAUGGAGGCUGCCAGUGCUGAGAGAGCCGGGGCUGGUGCUGCCGCCGCUGCUCCCAAUCUGAAGAAGAAAGGUUUCGGGAAAGGAGCAUUGGCUUUGACUCUCGCAGGUGGUGCUGCCGCUGGCUACGGUUUGACCAGGAUGUUUGAUACGAAGCCUUCCGACUCUACCACUGGGUACUACCAGCAAGAUAUGGCUGCCCUGCAGGGUGCUGGCGGCGCUGCUCCUGGUACUGCUCCCGUCGACGGCUACCCGCCUGGCUCGGACCCUUCUCAAGGAGCUUACCCUCAGGGUGGCACUGCCCAAGGUCCAGCUGCUUAUCCUCAGGGUGGCGCGGCUCAGACUGCAGGGGCUGCCGGUGGCGCUGACAAUCAGAUCGCAACCGGACCAUUCCGCAUCCCUAAUUCGGACCUCGUUUGGGUGACAGACACUAGAAACCAGGUUCACGUGCUCAAGAUGACGCAGCAAGGUAUGGUGGAAGUCAAUCCGCCUCCCGGCUGGCAGCCUCCCUCAGCUUCUGGCGGUGGUGCUGCACCGGGCGCUGACUCGAGCGUCGCCUCAUCUCCGGCUUCGGGCGGCAGUGCUGUCGCUGCUCAGCAGGGUGCAGGUGCCGGUGCGGCUGGAGCUGGCGGGGCUGAUGCUGGUGCGUCUGGGGCCAUUGCAUCUGGUGUGUCUGGCGCCGAUCAAGCUAGUUUUGCUCAAGCUCAAAAUGUUGCCGAUGAAGCCGGGCAAAACCCUGGAUCAGCUGCAGGCCGAAGCGGCGGCAGCCCCAAGCCCCAAUUCGACAAGGCUGCCGGUAUGUGGUACGUCAUCGGUCCCAACGACGUUCAGUAUUACAUCGAUGACCAGACCGGCUACCUGAUCAAUGCCAACACGGGCGACGUCAGCAAUCCCAAGACUGGUCAGAUUCUUUACCGUGGCGAUGAUCUGCAGAACGCAUCCAGCGGUGUUGGUCAAGGCGUUGCCGGUGGGAACGCAGCCGGUACCGGAGCUGGGACCGGAAAAGGGCGGAUGCAAAAGCGCUCUUUGCCCUCGCCUUUGCCCUUGCCCAAAUUGGACAAAGCUGCCGGCAGAUGGUACGUCGCUGGUCCUGACAACGUAAAGUAUUACAUUGACGAGAAGACCGGCCUUUUGACCAAUGCCAACACGGGCGAGGUCAGCGAUCCCGCAACUGGCAGGAUUGUUCACUGUGCCGAUGAUCUGCGGAAAGAAGGUGCUGGUGGCGCUAGCGGUGCUGGUCAGGGCGCUACGGGUGGGACUACAGCCGGCAAUAAGGCUGCAGCCGGAACGGGACGAAUGCAAAAGCGCUCCUUGCGACACCGCCAGCUCGGCAAGCGCGUCUACCCUUCGGCUGCUUAUCAAGCUGCAAGCCCCGCUCUCAGAGAACAGGCACAACAAGCUAUGCUGCGAGGGUCUGCAACAGCCAACAGCGAAGCGCUAGCCACUGCUGCUAAGCCAGGCAUGGGGACGACGCUUGCCAAGGGAGCGCUAGGUCUAGGCGUGCUUGCUGCACUUGUCAUCGGACUCGACAAGUACGCCCACCCAAAGCGUCCUCACACGACUGAAACCAACGAGUACGGUCUCGAGCCGACCAGUGUCUGCGACAUGUAUGGAGAGCCUAUCAUACGAGACUUCCGUGGUGUGCUGUGGAAUGAGUCGACGUACACGCGUGUCGAUCUCAACAAUCCUCCUCCGCUUCACCCGUGCUCACAGCAGGAGCUUGCAGAUGCUAGUGUCGGCGGAGCUGCUCCGAUGCAGAAGCGCAAUUUGCAGGCGAAAGGUGAACAGGACGAGAAGCUUCUCUCUGCAGUUCGAAAGGACCUUGGCAACGCAAACUCUGCCCCUCAAGCCCAUUUCGAAGGUAAAGAGCACUUCUUGACGAAGCGACAAGUGAAGGCGAUGACUGCCUUUCUUCCGUCCAUGACGACAUCUGGCACCAUGGCUGUUGCAGGUACGCUGCUCAUCACUGCCAUCUACCUGCGCAGCAUCCAUCAGAAGAAGCUGAAGGCCCUCCAAGACCAAUGGAACAGCCAAUACCAUUCCGCUGGCGAUGCGGCUUCCGCCGUAGGCAACGCCAUCGCUACGGGAGCCAACGGACAGCUGUUCAACCCGAUCACGGGCAACCUCGUCUUAGUCGAUUCCACUUCGAACUUGUACUACGACUCGGGCACGGGCGAGCAGGUCAAUCCCAAGACAGCCAUGCCGUUCAAGUUUGGUGGGGGCGAUGCUUCGGAUUCCGCAGGCUCGGAAAAGAAGCAAGAACCAGUGCAGCUUCCGCUGGACAGUAACGGAAACAUGUCUGGCGACUCUCCCGAGGUUCAACAGGCAAUGUCGCAGUGGAAUGCAAUGUCGCCUCAGCAACAACAGCAGCUUCUGGCGCAGUACGGAAACGCGGCCAACCAGAUCUUGAAUUCGCCCGAUCCGAAUGCUGCGCUUCAGGCUUGGAGCAAUCAGCUGGGCCAACCGUAG